AUUCAAUCUCAUCUACAUUUAUGAAGCGUCAGAAGCUGAUAUAUACACAUAUAGCCGCUCUACUUUGGGUAGUGCAAUGACUGACCGAUAAUGAACAUUCCCAACGUGCAGAAGUCGACAUUGCAUAGGAAUGUCAACUGCACAGCCUCGCGAUCUCAUCGGAAGUGCGUUGUAGUCCUGUGGACUGAGAGGAAGACUGAUGGGAGAGGGUGGGGUAAUAUUCGUACAGAAAUAUACUAAUUUUGUGGUGUGACUUGGUGGGACUUGACGGUAAUUGUCGUCACGCUCUGUCACCAGAUAGCUGACGUUCAAAGCUCCAACCUUAGCAUCGGAUAUCAACGUCUCCAACAUCGCAAACCUCCCUCAUCUGUUCACUGACCCUCCAGGCAGUAACUUAACAGCGCCCAUCGCCAGGCAGCUUUAUUUCUCAUCCUCUAUAUAUUAUCGUCCGGAGUCUUCGACUUUAUCCGUUAACUCAAAUUGUUUCGUGGGACGACCCCCUUUACUUAACACUUCAUCCACGCCUGAGCAUCGGGUCGCUCCCAAAGCACAUACAAUGACUACCAACCAAAUGAACAAUUUCACGACGCUCAUCAAGCGGCUCGAGGCUGCCACCUCUCGUCUCGAGGAUAUGGCAACCUCUCUCGAAGGUUCAGGUCCAGGCAGCCCUGCCGCUGAUGGGAUUGCAACAAGUACCGAUUCAGUGUCUUCAAAAACCGCAUCGAGUCCUCUGCCUCCGCCGCCACCCGUCGUGGAACCGCCGCCUCGCCAGAUCGAGGACUUCGAUGCCCUCAUCAAUAAAGAGGUGAAGAACUUUGUCGAGCUUAGUGAAAAGCUUGGGGAACCAGCCGGGGAACAGUCCAAAGCAAUCCUUCGGGCUUUCCAAGCGGAAAGGACAUACCUCUAUAUCGCACUGAAAGCCAAGAAACCAGACCAGCAAUCGCCAGACCUUUUAAGCGACCUACGCAAAGCUUCGGAUGAAAUCAAUAACAUCCGGGAAGCGAACAGGCCAUCUCCUCUUUUCAACCAUUUGAGCGCCGUGGCGGAAGGAGUGGUUUCUUUGGGUUGGUUCUUUGAGCCCAGACCCGCGGAAUUUGUUCGGGAAUCUGUAGCUGGUGCCCAGUUCUACGGGGACAGAGUGCUGAGGGAAUACAAGGGAAAGGACGAGCUUCAUGUUGCAUUUGUUCAAUCAUAUUAUCAGAUUUUCAAAUCGCUUGUUACCUAUAUCAAAGAGCAUUAUCCGAAUGGCCUGACAUGGAACAACCGGGAUGGAGUCGACGUAACGGUGGCCCUGAAACAGCUCCAAUCCGGUUCACCGACGGCAUCUGCGUUCCCACCACCACCACCUCCUCCCGCCGCUGGUGCAGGUGGUCCUCCACCCCCUCCUCCACCCCCCGCUAGUGUAGCCGCUCCGCCGAAGGCAGCACCGACUGGUGACAUGUCAUCUGUUUUCGAGCAAUUGAACCAAGGGUCCGCAGUCACCUCUGGUCUUCGAAAAGUCGACAAGUCUGAAAUGACGCACAAGAAUCCUGGCCUUCGGGCUGGUUCGCUUGUCCCUGAACGCGCCGAUUCAAGGACCGGUGUAACAUCCCCUACUUCCCGUGGCAAAUCGCCGGUACCAAGCAAAAAGCCAAAGCCCGAAAGCAUGCGUGCUAAGAAACCUUCGCGCAAGCAGCUCGAUGGUAAUAAAUGGUACAUUGAACAUUACGACAGCCCCAGCGACAUCAUCGAGAUACCCGCUCAACUCUCACACUCGAUCUUAAUAUCACACUGCAAUAAGGCGAUUGUCAAGAUCAAUGGCAAAGCGAACGCAAUAUCAAUCGACAACUGUACCGGCCUUUCCGUCAUCGUUGACUCUCUUGUCAGCAGCGUUGAUGUCAUCAAGUCUCCUAAAUUUGCGCUGCAGAUUGAUGGCGUAGUUCCAACUAUUCUGCUGGAUCAGGUCGAUGGGGCAAGCCUCUACUUGAGCCAGGAGAGCUUGAACACUGAAGUUUUCAGCAGCAAAUCCUCCAACGUAAAUAUCGUCGUGCCUCCCAAGGAAGGAACAGAUGACGACUCCAAGGAGCUGCCCGUUCCUGAGCAGAUCCGAACCGUUAUCAAAAAUGGAGCUGCCGUUAGUGAAAUUGUCGAACAUGCUGGAUGAAAUUCGUAAUGUAUGUUAUAAAGUUCCGCGAAUUAUUUGGCUAGCCAUAUAUAGCUUCCUUUCCCAACACUUUUUGUAUGUCAUGUAUCCAGCAAGCAGAAUUGGCGACGAAAGGCACAGUAGACCUUUCGCGGUUAGAUUAUCUAUUUCCAAGCGUUGCUUUCAUUCGGUCAAAUUCCUUGCCGGACUUUCCUCCUAUUGUAAAAGAGUUUUGAAUUUUACUAUCAACUAUGAUUCCCCCUUGUUCCCGCCAAGCUAAUUUGGUUGACAUGGAACCACUAUUAUUGUAAGUUUUCUCUCCCUCACCUAUCCACUGCGUAGCAAUGGCAUGGCGAAGGAACAUUUUGUCCCCGGAGAUGUCUACGUGUUAACCAUGCCUUUUACGUCCUCUUUGUUUUAAUUAGAGCCAGUGUAUCCCGUUGC